CUUUGGUUUUCUCUUUUCUUUCUUCUGUUCUCUCUCUUCCCGCUGCUCUCCGUCAUCUCUAUUCUCUCUUCUUUUACUUCUUCUCUGUUAUUCUUCUCUUAAUCAAUCAAUUUCAUAAACUAAUACUUAUUAAUCCAUUAACUCUUACUAUGCCGAAAGAAACAACAAAAUUCUCCCGCAAACUAAAGGAGAAGAUGAAAACACCCGCCAACAAAAAAACCGUUUCUUCCGCUCACACUUCUUCUUCAUAUCAACAACUUCAAUCUCACUCUCGUCGUCUCGGUAUGAAAACACCGCCUCCUGCCGUUCUCAGGGCGCGUGCCGCCGUUUGGCGCAUCCAACAAAGCCUCUUUCCACAGCAACAUAAACUACGUGUGACGGACUCGGAGUUACCACAUCCUAAAUAUGAAAUGCCAGACGACUUCUCCACUGAUCAAUCCGAUGAUUGGCUUCGAUGUCCGGUUUGUCUGGCUGUCGUUAACGUAUCAAAUAACCGCUCGAAGUACUGUUGUCCUAACUGUUCCGUUCACCUUGAUGAUAGUGAUGAUGGUGAAGAAGAUGUUAACGAGCUGGUUAAAGAAGUAGAACAGGAUGAAGCUGACUGUGGUAUGCCUGGAGAAACAUUUACAGAUUAUCGGCCAUCAAAGCUAUCUAUCGGACCUCCCCACCCAGAUCCAGUUGUGGAAACAUCUUCCUUGUCUGUAGUAGAGCCACCCGAGCCUACUUAUGUUCCAAAGAUUAAGGAUGAGUUGGAAUUUUUCAAGAGUUUGUCAUGCUUGCAGAUUGAGACUUUGGUCUAUGCUUGUCAGAGACAUCUCCAACACAUUCGCAACGGUGCUAGGGCUGGAUUCUUUAUUGGAGAUGGAGCAGGUGUAGGUAAAGGUCGAACAGUCGCUGGGCUAAUCUGGGAGAACUGGCACCAUGGGAGGAAGAAAGCCUUGUGGAUUUCUAUUGGUUCAGACUUGAAGUUUGACGCCAGAAGAGAUUUGGAUGAUAUGGGUGCAAGUUGCAUUGAAGUGCAUGCUUUGAACAAACUGCCUUAUACUAAGCUUGACUCGGACACUGUUGGAGUUAGGGAGGGAGUUAUUUUCUUGACAUACAGUAGCCUGAUAGCAUCAUCUAGCAAAGGUCGUUCCCGUCUGCAACAGCUUGUACAGUGGUGUGGAACUGGGUUUGAUGGUCUUAUAAUUUUUGAUGAGUGUCAUAAAGCAAAAAAUUUGGUUCCCGAAACGGGUAUGGAUUCAACAAAAACUGGUCAAGCUGUACGUGAUAUCCAGGCUCAACUACCUGAAGCUCGUGUUGUUUAUUGUUCAGCUACUGGAGCAUCUGAACCUCGCAAUAUGGCUUAUAUGGUUCGACUUGGCCUUUGGGGAGAAGGGACUGAUUUUAGUGAUUUUUAUGACUUUCUAGAGGCUCUUGAAAAAGGGGGUGUUGGAGCUCUAGAGCUAGUUGCAAUGGACUUGAAAGCAAGGGGCAUGUAUUUAUGUCGUACGCUUAGCUACAAGGGUGCUGAGUUUGAUAUUAUAGAAGCAAGAUUAGAAGAUAAAAUGAUGGAUGUGUAUAAAAAGGCUACAGAAGUUUGGGUGGAUUUGCGUAAUAAUUUUAUAUCUUUAAAAGUAGAGAAUCCAAGACUAAUAUGGAGAUUAUACUGGGCAGCGCACCAGCGCUUCUUUAGACACUUGUGUAUGUCUGCUAAAGUCCCUACUGUAGUGAGACUGGUGAACCAAGCAUUAAUGGAAGACAAGUGUGUAGUCAUAGGUCUGCAGAGUACCGGGGAAGCAAGGACAGAGGAUGCUGUUUUAAAAUACGGCUCUGAACUUGAUGACUUUAUUUCUGGACCUCGUGAGUUAAUGCUAAAAUUUGUUGAAGAUUAUUACCCAGAUGAUAUCUCAUGGCCGAAAAAGCCUGAAGUUCUCCCAGAUGAUGGUCUCGGAAGUCUUGGAAGGAAGAGGCACUUUGCAGGUCCUGCCGUUUCAGCAAAAUCUAGAGUCAGUAAAGUAGCUAAAUUGGAGCCUCCUAGUGAUGCUGAAAGUGACGAAGAAUGUGGAAAUACAGCUGUCUCUGAUUCUGAUUACGGACCAGAAGAGGAUGAAAGUGGUUCAGAAGAGGAUGAAAGUGCUGCCGACUCUGAUUAUGAUGAGUUUCAGAAAUGUGAAAUUAGCAUUAAAGAAGAGGAAAGGGAAAACUUGUUGCAGUGUUCCCGCUGUGGAAAAUACGCUCAUCAGUCAGGCUUGGUGCCCCCAAUUCGCGAUUUUACUCUUGAGGAAUGGACAUGUAGUUUGUGCAAGGAUAAAACUGUCGAAUAUCCUCCUCCUGGAACAAACAAAAUUAAACUCCCAAAGAGUUUUGGCACACCCAUCGAGUGCAAGAGAGAAAUAUUAGAGAGGAUUCAUGCUUUGGAUCUUCCAAACAAUCCUUUGGAUGAAAUUAUUGACCAGUUAGGAGGCCAAGACAUAGUUGCAGAAAUUACAGGAAGGAAGGGAAGGCUUGUGAGAGACCCUAGUGGACAGGGUGUGGUUUAUGAGCCUCGAAAUACAAGAGAUGUCACUGCCGAAAUGGUCAACAUGCAUGAAAAAAUGCUCUUCAUGGAAGGUAAGAAGUUAGUCGCUAUCAUCUCUGAAGCUGGAUCAGCUGGCGUUUCCUUGCAGGCAGACAGAAGAGUGAGAAAUCAGAAAAGAAGGGUUCAUAUAACACUAGAACUUCCAUGGAGUGCCGACCGAGCAGUUCAGCAGUUUGGAAGAACUCAUAGAUCAAAUCAAGUCUCAGCACCACAAUACAGAUUACUAUUCUCAGACCUUGGUGGAGAACGCCGAUUUGCAUCAACUGUUGCUAUGAGAUUAGAAUCCCUUGGGGCUUUGACUCAGGGGGACCGCAGGGCUGGACCUUCAUUAAGUGCAUAUAAUUAUGAGAAUGAUUAUGGAAAGAGGGCUCUGGAGAAUUUGUACAAAGCAAUAAAGGAGCAGGAUCCUCCUGUUGUUGUACCUCCAGGAUGCUUAUCUGACAGUCCAGAUACAAUCAAAGAUUUUAAUGGGCAGGCUACAGUUGCUCUUGAUUCUGUUGGAAUUUCUAUGGAAACCACUGGAAACUCUAAAAAAAGCAACCAAAAUAAAAAAGCUAUUCGACGAUUUCUCAACCGGAUUUUGGGCAUAGCUCCUGAGAUUCAGAAUAGGCUAUUUGAGUUAUUUGUGAAUAACUUGGAUCUUCUUGUUCAAAAAGCUCGCAUUGAAGGUAGCCUUGACAGAGGCAUUGUUCACUUGAAAGCUAAUGUCAUUGAACUGCAAGGGACUCCAAAGACAGUCUAUGUUGAUCAAAUGAGUGGGGCUUCAACUGUUUUGUUCACAUUCUCCUUGGAUCGUGGAGUUUCAUGGGAGUUGGCGAACACCAUGUUGAAAGGGAAGCUGAAAUCUGAAUUUGGUUCAUCUGAUGACGGCUUCUACCUGUCCAAGAGUGAGUUUAUGGGAAAACGUCAUGUUAUUUUAGCUUUUGAAAGUUCUGCUUCAGCUAUGUAUAAGAUAGUUCGUCCCACCACCGGAGAAUCACCUCGGGAUAUGCAUCGGGCAGAAUUAACUAAAAAAUAUUCAAAAGUUUCAUCUUUAGAGGCGGCCAAAAUUCGUUGGGAACACGAUUAUGAAGCAUCAUCUAAACAGUGCAUGCAUGGUCCGAAUUGUAAGAAUGGUAAAUCAUGUUCAGUUGGCUCAAGACUACAAGAAGUAAAUGUCUUAUGUGGUGUCAUUGUUCCUAUUUGGGGAAAAAUACAAACGGCUCUUUCUAAGCAGGUCAAACAAUUUCACAGGAGGAUACGCAUUGUUUGCGUUGAAACUACAUCAUCAGAUAACAGACGUAUAGUUGGGCUUCUUGUACCUAAUGCAGCAGUUACAACUGUGCUUGAAGGUUUAACAACACAGCCACAGUUUAUAGUACUGGAUGAUUGACCUGAGACACCAGCAGUUUUUGAAAAUCACACUAGCAGUUUUUGUUUUAGGUGUAUUGGCUUAAGAUUGUUGCUGAAUUUUGUGGAAAAGAAAAGCUCUUAAUUAUCUCAUUUAGAUGCAUCACAGUUGUGCAAUUUCCAUUGAAAUAUUUUGAUUUCAUCACCCAGUUAUGUGUAUAAAUAAAAAUGGGAUAUCUACAUGGGUGAUCAUUGACAUAGGAUUUUCUUUCACAUAUGAUGUAUGAACUUGAUUGUUAUAUUUGCUACAUAUUAUUAUUUUGUUUGCAAAUAAACAUAAGUUGUAUCACUAUAAAAUCAGCAUAUAAAAGGAGUAUCAACAUUGUUGUCACUACAAUAGAGUCCUGGCUUUUGAGUGUAA